AUGUCAACAGAUAUUAUUAAGCCACGCUUAGUAACAGAAAUUUUGAUAAAAAUUUUUAAAAAUCUUGGUAUUCGUGAUUUACUUUCAGUACUUCUAGUUAAUCAAGAAUGGUGCCAAGUUGCUAUUCCAAUCUAUUGGAGAGCUCCAUUCAGUUAUAAGAAAAAACGAAGCAUUCUCGCAUUAAAAAUUUAUCGUUUAUUUCUUGAACAAGAAAACAAUACGAAUCAUUCGUCGCAAACUACAAUUCAAACCCUUCCAACGCUUUACGAUUAUCCAUUUUUCCUUAAAGAACUCAACUUUACAAACUUACUAGAGCUUGAUAAAGAUAUCACAAAUGUUGAUGCAAUACUUAAAAUGUUAACAAGUCGUGAAAUCCGUAUAACUACUUUCAUUAUGGAUAAUACCGGUACAGGCAAUGAUAACAUUUACGGUUUAUGGACAAAAUCAUGCUAUGCUCCAAUCUUCAGUUCUCUUGUUCAUGUCGAAAUAUAUCCUCCUUUUCCAAAAAAUCGGGUCAUAAAGGCGCUAGCCAAUAAUUGUUCCAACUUGUUUCAUCUCGAUAUUAAUCUUUACGAUAACUGCCCUAGUCGUGUUUUAGAAUUGAUCAAUGAUCUUAAUCAACUUUUUUCUAAUCGGAAACGCCUUUUAAAUAUUCGAUUAGUAUUUCCUAAAGGUCCUGGAAAAUUGCUAAUCAAAGCAUUGCAAUCUCGACUUGAAUGCUUUAAACAUAUUGAACUUGCAAAGUGGACUUUUAACGAUUGCGAUUGGAAAUGGUUGAAAAAAUGUCAAAACUUGGCUGAAUUUGCAAUAACAAACCCUCAAACUCAAGUCUUUGACGUUUUAGGAAUUGAGUCAGAACUUUAUCGCUUGAGAAUAUCAAAAAAUUCUAAAAUUACAACUACUCAUUGGCAUUUGGACAAGGACAAUAAGGUCGAUAAAAUUUCUUUUGAAUCAAGCUUUUAUUUCCAUCCUAAAAAACCUCCUGCGGAACCAUAUCAUGACGAAUCUUUAGAAGAAUUUUUACUACAUAAAUUAUAA